AACAGUGUAGCAAAACCCCCUGUAUAUAGUUGCUGAAGAAGCUGCUGAAAAUCUUCUAACUUAAAGCUGAUUUACUUACAAGGAGAUUUUGUUGAGGCCUUUGUGGACUUCAAUGUCUUUCUUUUUGCUCCUGAAUUUCCUGCUUCUCAUUCAGCCCUCUUUCCAGAUACCAGAAGAUGAUACUUUUCUGAUAAACUAUGAGAAAGAUAAUCGUUGUAUGCAACCCAGAGAAACUUCGGUCAUCUCACUUAGCAAGUGCAAUCAGUAUAAUAAGAUUCAAAAGUUUAAGUGGACUUCCAGUCAGCAGAUACUGAACAUAGGGCUGAAGUUAUGCUUGGGAGCAUCUGCAAACUUUAGCCAACUUGAAUUCUCCUCCUGCAAUCAGACCAGUGAACUUCAGAAGUGGGCAUGUGUCAAUUAUACCUUUCCUGCAAUCAAAGGACAAAACUGGUUUUUGUCUUAUGGUGCUGGACGUGUCCGGUUGAAUAAUGUACCUGAUGUCAAAGCAACCUGGAAGAUUGAUGGAACCCAAGACAGUCUGUGCACUAAAAGCUUUGAAGCUCAGUUUACCAUAGAAGGCAAUUCCAAUGGAGCCCCCUGUGUAUUUCCAUUCAAGUAUAAGAAUGAGUGGUACGUUGAAUGCACAACAAUAGACAGUGAAAAUCUACAACCUUGGUGUGGAACGACUGCUGAUGUGGAUACAGACUCUUUAUCUGGAUAUUGUCCAGUAAAAGAUGACAAUGAAAACUUUUGGAUUAGAAAUCAUUGGACUGGAAAUCUAUACCAGAUAAAUUCUGAGUCAGCUCUUACAUGGCUUCAAGCAAGAAAAAGCUGUCAGCAACAGAAUGCAGAAUUAUUAAGCAUCACAGAACUACAUGAACAAACCUACUUGGCAGGAUUAACAAGUGAUGUGAAUAUUGACUACUGGAUUGGGCUUAACAGUUUGGAUAUGGACAGUGGAUGGAGGUGGGCUGGCAACAAUCCUUUCAGAUAUUUAAAUUGGGCUCCAGGGAGCCCAUCACCAGAAUCAGAGAAAAUUUGUGCAACUAUGCAGUCUCAAACUUGCAAAUGGGAGAAUAAAGAGUGUGGUCAUAAACUUGGAUACAUUUGCAAAAAAGAAAACUCUUCAUUAAACACCCCAGUUAUCUCUUCAGAUGACUUGAAACCUGUGAGAUGUCCAGAUGGCUGGGUUCCAUAUUUAGGCCACUGUUACCUCCUUCACAGAGACCUCAGGUCAUGGAAUGGUGCACUAUCAUCUUGUCGUAAGAAAGAUGGAGAUUUAGCCAGUAUCCACAAUAUUGAAGAGCAUAGUUUUGUCAUUUCUCAACUUGGCUACAAUCCAACAGAUAUGUUGUGGAUAGGACUGAGUGUCCAGAAGAUUGAGAAGUAUUUUGAAUGGAGUGAUGGGACACAUGUGACAUACACCAAGUGGCAAAGUGGAGAACCUACUUAUCUACAAGACUCUCUGGACAAUUGUGUCAUCAUAAGAGGAGAAAAUGGAUAUUGGAUGGAUACUUUCUGUCAAGAGGAAUAUGGUUACAUCUGUAAAAGAAAACCUUUGGAAACUCUUUCGGAACCAGAAGAUGCUGACCCAGGCUGCCAGAAUGGUUGGAAAAAGCAUGGAUUCUAUUGUUACUUAAGUGGACAAACACUGGGGACAUUUUCAGAAGCAAAGACAUUUUGUGAAAGAAACAAGGGUUCCCUGGUGAUCAUAGAGGACAGAUAUGAACAAGCCUACCUUACUAGUCUAGUUGGUCUACGCCCGGAAAAAUAUUUCUGGAUUGGCAUAUCAGAGAUAACGGAAGGAUGGACAUUUAACUGGACUAAUGGGCAUUCAGUUACAUUUAGCCACUGGAACUCUGGAAUGCCUGGACAAAAUCAUGGCUGUGUUGCUAUGAGAACUGGAACUGCAGCUGGAUUGUGGGAUGUUGUGAGCUGUGAGGAGAAGGCGACAUUCAUCUGCAAGCAAUGGGCAGAAGGUGUGACAACAACUCUUGCUCCAACAACACCCCAAUUGCCCCCUUGUCCAGAAGGAUGGUCUGGAACCAAAACGUCAACUUCAUGCAUCAGAAUAUUUAAAGGGAAAAAAUACCUCAAGAGAACUUGGUUUGAAGCUCGAGAAUUUUGCAGAGAAAUUGGAGGAGACUUGGCUUCCAUCCAUAGUGAUGAAGAACAAAGCAAUUUACAGGAAUUGUUUGAAGAUGAGACUUGGAUUGGUUUAAGUCUGUUGGACUCUGACAUAGGGAAAACUUGGAGUGAUGGAUCUCCUGUUGACUUUGAGAACUGGUAUCCUUGGGAGUGGUCAUCACACUUCACUGAUACAGAACAACAGUGUACAACAACCAGAGCUCAUUUUUCAUUCUGGAGAAUGUCAUCAUGUAGCAGCUUAUAUCAUUGGGCUUGCCAAGUGAAGAAAGGUGUAGCCUUGAAAGCAGAGCCAAAUGAUACUUUUGCUCAGUCAUACAAACUAAUUGAAGAUGGCUGGGUUAAGUACGAAGACAAUGAGUACUAUUUUCACAACACAACUCUGCCUAUGGGAGAAGCCCGACGAUUUUGCAGACAGCAGAGUGGAGAUCUUGCUGUCAUUACAAGUGAAAAGGAACGAACGUUUUUGUGGAAAUAUAACGUUUUUCAUGGAUUUAAUGAUAAUGUUUACAUUGGUUUAACUGUGAGUGUUGAUGGAAAGUUCCGGUGGUUGGAUGGAACUCUAGUGACCUAUGAAGCCUGGGCUCCUGGUGAACCAAAUAAUGCAAAUGAAGAAGAAGACUGUGUAAUGAUGUAUGCAAGAACAGGUUUAUGGAAUGAUAUAUCCUGCAGUGCAGAGAAGAGAUAUAUCUGUGAAAGGCACAACAGUUCUGUCCGUUCAACCAUUGCUCCCACAUCACCGGCAGCUCAAGGAGGCUGUGCUGAAGGCUGGUUUUUGUACAAUAACAAGUGCUUCCAACUAUUUGGUUAUAAUGAAGAAGAAAGAAAAAAUUGGAGCGCUGCACGUACUGCAUGUAAAAACCUAGGUGGAAACUUGGCAACUAUACCUAGCAAAGCUGUUCAAGCUUUCCUUACCAUGCACUUUAAAGAUGUUCCUGUUGAUUCUUGGAUUGGGCUGCAUGAUAUCAUUGAAGAGGGAAGGUUCCUAUGGACAGAUGGAAGUAGUGUGCGUUAUACAAACUGGGCCAACGAUGCCCCCAGCUCUUCUCACCACGGGUUCCACUACCGAGCCAGUAAGGACUGUGUUGCUAUGAUAAAGGAGCCUGAGAAAUCGGCAGGGACUUGGAAGGAUAGACCAUGUUCAAUAAAGUAUGGAUACAUCUGUCAAAAAAACACUGACCCUGUGUCUUUUCACUUUGAAACAACAAGUUCAGCAUCUGGCUAUAUACUUUAUGGACACAGCAAGUAUUCUUUCACUAGAAUUACAACCUGGGAAGAAGCCAGAAAAGAGUGUCAUUCUAAACACUCAGAACUCAUCAGCAUUCGGAAUCCCUAUAGCCAAUCGUUCCUGUGGCUCCUGGUGUUAAAAUAUGAGGAACCUGUAUGGAUUGGUCUGAACAGCAAUGUGACCAAUGAGAAUUAUAGAUGGGUAUCUGACUGGAAACUGGAAUAUACCAACUGGGCUCCUGGAGAGCCAAAAGAGAAUCUAGCCUGUGUCUAUUUAGACCUUGAUGGGCAAUGGAAAACAGGAACAUGCAAUAAAAAGUACUUAUCUCUCUGUGAGAAGUAUAAUGGUACAGCUCCAACUGAUUAUCCUCAGGUCCUUGGAAAAUGUCCUGAAUUCCAACAAAAAAACCAUAGAUCUUGGAUUCCUUUCCGUACUCAUUGCUAUAAAAUCAUACAUGACUGGAAAUCCUGGCCUUAUGCAUCCAUGACAUGUUCUCAGUUAGGUGGUUCUUUGACUUCAAUAGAAGAUUUAGCUGAAAUGAAGUUUCUGCAAGAGCACAUAAAAUACCUUGAUCGAGGAACCUUUUGGAUAGGAUUGUUAAGAAAUGUGGAUGGCGAAUGGAUAUGGCAAGAUGACACUGCAGUAGAUUUUGUCAACUGGGAUACUGGAGAGCCCCAAAAUGAAAGUGAAAUAGAACAUUUCUAUUAUGAUGAUACAUCGUUCAAGAAAUUGUGUGCUGGAAUGAAAAAUGAAAAUGGGAAGUGGUUUGUUUCACACUGCUUCACUCAUCUCAAUGGAUAUAUUUGUAAAACACCCAAAAUUGUUGAGGCUAUGCCAACGGAAGAAUCUUCAAACAAUGAAAGAGUAAAAAAAGAAGAGUCUUCUCCAUCAGCACAUGGCACGGUUGCGAUGGUGGUCAUUCUCAUUCUCCUCAUCCUCACUGCUGUUGGCAUUGCAGGCUAUGUUUUUUACAAAAGAAGGCAUAGACAUCAAGUGACUGUUGCUGGCUUUGACAACUCUAUGUAUCGUGACAGCGUGGUCAUGCUUCAAAAUAAUAAUCCAGAAUAUCUUGUGGAAAAUUCUGACAAUAAGCAGGGACAGUAGCUAGCUCUCCUCUACUGAAUGAACUGAACAGGUUAAUAGAAGUAACAGUUUAAAUACCAUUGUUCUAAGCAGAAAUAUGUGGAAGUUCAUGCCUCAUGAUGAUACAGAAUGUUUUUGAUAACUGCUGGUGAUUCAGUGAAAAUAUAUUCUGUAAUGGAUACUUUCUGAUUAAAGAUCUAAGCUAAGAUCCUAA